AUGUUUCAAUGAUGUAUCGAUGUCUUCUUGCUUAUAUGCAUUCUUUAACCAUUUCCCAUUUGACGUGAGGAUGGGUUGAAAUGCAUCUCAGAAACUGAAUUUUUCACCGCUGAUUCAAAGAUGCAGCGUGCUGACAUAUCGCGCGAAAACCCUACGAAAAUCUUCGAUUUGAUUCAAAAGAUCGGGUCAGGCACAUAUGGCGAUGUUUAUAAGGCAAGAGUUGUCGCGACGGGCGAACUUUCGGCUGUCAAAAUCGUUAGAAUUGAACCGGGUGACGAUUUUGAUUUAAUUCAGCAAGAGAUUGCUUUAAUGCAAGGUUGUCAGCAUCAUAAUAUUGUGAGAUGUCUUGGUAGCUACCUACGAAAACAGAAGCUAUGGAUUGCAAUGGAUUUUUGCAGUGGGGGCUCAUUACAAGACAUCUAUCACGUUACUGGACCAUUAGAAGAGAAGCAAAUUGCAUACAUGUGUUGUGAAACGUUGAAGGGUCUUAAUUACAUCCACCAAAAGAGAUUGAUACACAGGGAUAUUAAGGGAGCAAAUAUUUUGCUAACUCACAUGGGAGAUGUUAAACUAGGAGAUUUUGGAAUAUCUGCUCAAAUAACAGCAAGUAUUGCAAAACGAAAAUCUUUUAUUGGAACUCCCUAUUGGAUGGCUCCUGAAGUGGCUGCUGUUGAAAGAACUGGAGGUUAUGAUCAAAAGUGUGACAUUUGGGCCGUUGGUAUUACUGCGAUUGAACUUGCUGAGUUGCAGCCACCCUUGUUCGAACUUCAUCCUAUGAGGGCUCUACAUCUUAUCUCAAAGAAGAAUUACACUUCGCCGACACUUAAGGUCAAAUCAAAAUGGACGGACGAAAUGCAUCAUUUCAUCAAAAUGUCUCUCCAAAAGAACCCUAAAAAAAGACCUCCGGCCGACAAACUUCUUUCUCAUCCAUACUGCUGUCAAAACUUGACACGAAGACAGGGGCAAGCCUUGUUGGAUGUGUAUGCAGCGAGAAAAGAAGAUAAAACUCUUUAUCGAAAAACCGAUGAGGAAGAUGACAAUGAAGACGAUCAACAGGAAAUCAAUGUACUGACGCGCAUCAAAUCGAAGAAAAAUACGUCCAAACGAACGUCGCGUGCGAACUCCGACAUAAACUUAGGAGAACUGGACUUAGGUGCAUUGAUGAAAAGAGAAACUCAACCUGACGAUAAACCAGUUUGUCCCGAGACUGAUGAAGUUCGCCUCAAGAAACUUUUAAGCGAUUUUGACUUGGGGGAUGAAAAAAACGGCGUCCCCAAACUGAGCAAAAUUGUACUACACCCUGACGAGGCAAAUAAUGACGACGAUAGCACACUUAAACGAAGUGAUGAGAAUCAACAGAGAUCUCGACCGCUGCCCGAGGUACCAUCACCGUAUGAAAAUGCUCCACCGAGGUUGCCACCGAAACCGGCUAGACUAUCGAUGAUUCUUGAACCUACGUCACCUGGUGGCCCUAACUCGUCUUCUAGUGAACCACCCAAACUACCCCCGCGUUCAUAUACUGAUGGUGGUUGUUCUUCAACACCCCCAAAUGUCCCUCCUCCGCGCCCUCCUCCAAGACAUGGAAACAGACGGCAUUCAAAUUCACCUGUUAAAUGUUUUUCGAAGAUCUUCAAUGAAUGUCCAUUACGCGUUAACUGUGCGUCUGCGUGGACGAAUCCCACGACUGGAGAUCGUCACGUAUUAAUUGGUUCAGACGAAGGAAUAUACACUUUGAACAUCAGCCAAAAUGAUAAAGAGAUGGAACAAGUAUUUUCAAAGCGGUGUACAUGGCUUUAUGUUUUCAAGAACUUUUUGUUGUCCAUAGCAGGUCGUCCGUCUUUUCUUUAUAUGCAUAAUCUAUUGGCUUUACAUUCUCGACAGCCUGUAUUUUUCCCACUCAAAUCUCUAACCAGAGACACGUACACUACGCGGAUUUCUGACACACGAAGUUGUAACAAAUGUGCUCUUGUGCACAAUCCAUACGAUGAGCAGGUAUAUCUCUGCAUCGCCAUACCGAAGACCAUUUUACUGAUGCAGUGGUAUGGACCUUUGGAGAAAUUUAUGAAAGUUCAGAAUGUGUCAUGUGACCUGCCUAGUAAUCUCACAAUUUUUGAACCCAUCAUCCGGCGUGACAUGGAGUAUCCUUUAAUUUGUAUUGGAGCGAAAAAGAGCGAAAACGGCCAGAUACAUUUCGACUCCGUCAAUUUGAAUUCGACAACGAACUGGUUCGAUAAAGCCGAUGUCACCGGACAAGCGUUAGAUUUGAAAACCUUUGCUCAGUUGGAAAAGGAUUGCAUUUUAAUUGCAUAUGACAAUGUCGCGCAAUUUGUCGGCAUAGAGGGGAAUGUGAAAAACAGUCGAAAAUAUUUACCCACAAUACAUUUCAAAGAGAAACCGGAUUUUGUCGUGUGCCUUCAAGGAAGUGUCUUAGGUUUUCAUUCCCACGGAAUGGAAGGAAGGGAUCUGUAUACAGGACAGUUGACGGCAAAUGUUACCGAAGCAAAUAGAAUUUUUAAACUGCUCUGUUCGGACAGUCACGUGGUCGUUGAGAAUAAACCUGUCGAAGACUUGAAAGCUCCAUCGAAUCUUUACGUGUUGUCGAGUUAGUUAUAACAUGGAAAAAUGAACGAACACAUAGGGCCGACCACUACCUUAUAUACUGCAGAUUGGUUGGUGAAGAUUUAUAUCUGUCUUAGGUUGUACAUGAAGUAACCCACGUGAUUAAGAUUCUUUCCUUUUAAGACACGUUCAAUGGAAAAUGUGAAUCACCCAGAUGCUGCAAUAACAACAUCUAUUGUACAUAAGUAAACUGCAUACUUCAAAAAACAGCACUUACUUUUUCAA